AUGGCAACGAAAGGCACCCCGGGCUCAACCAAGCUCCUCAAGUAUGAGCCUCUCACGGUCCCGGAGCUUGGAUCCCAGCCGAUCCGGCUCUGGAAGGGUAACAAAUUCCUGGGGCUCAUCCCCGCCAAAGUUGUCCUCCGCGAGCACGUCCGCCCGGGACACAUGCUCUGCCUGAGGGGCGACCCGCCGCUCAACAACAAGCCUUCACCGCCGGAGAGCUACGACUACGAGGUGCGGUCGCUGAACACCGAGCGGGCCGACAGGUUCAACUACACCCCCGCCAAGGCCCUGAGGGCCAAGGAGUACUACCUCAACGCCAGCCAGGACGCGCAGUACCUGUGGACGCGGCUGCGGAUGGUCUACAGGUUCCUCGACUCGGAAGAAGGCAGGGGCAAAGCAUCUGCGCAUCAGAUGGUCAAGGCGACCGUCCCGGUUGAGUUCCACAUCAAGGCGCCCAGGCCGCUGCGCGGCGCGGACCUGGCCCUCUUCACCAAGGACCGGCUGGACAUGCACCCGGCCGUGAUCCUGCGCGCGCUGCCGAAGGGCGCGUUCCAGCUGCUCGCGCCGCGGGCCGACCUGGAGGCGGGCGAUGCCGUCUGGCUCGUCGCGACGGACGAGCUGCUGGCGAAAGGGGUUCAAAUGCCCAGGAGGCCGGCUGCCAGGGCGGCCACGGCCGAGGAGAUGGACAGGACCAAGAGGAAGGAGGUGACGGGGCUGCUCGAGGCUGGGAGGAUCGACGAGCAUGGCCAGAAGAGUAGGAAGGUCCGGGAUCGAGAGGCACGUCAGGAGGAGGCACGUAAAAGGGAGGAGAGGAGGAGGCGGGUGCAGGGCGAGCCGGAGGACUCCAUGCCGGAAUGGAUGAGGGACAUUCUCGGGCCCGUGACAAGCCCACCUGCGCCACCCAACGGCGACCAGGGGGGAGCAAGACCAGAGAGCGCCCAAGGUGUCGAGCAACCGAACCCGCAACACACGGGAACACAACCACGUAUUGAGGGCGGGUUGAGGGGCCGUCUUCAAAGGGGGCUUCCAGAAGGGAGGGCACGUCGCGAGGGAUCAGACUAA